CGUCCUUCUAGGCCGGGACACGUCUCGCGUCCAGGACAACCACAUUCGUUUCAAUCUCAAACACAUCUAAAUACACAAACCUUUUUUCUUUUCUCCUUCUCCUGCCGCUCUUUCUUCCCUUUCUCUGUCGAUAUGCUCACUUUUGCAGAUCGCCUUAACGCUCAGGUCGCGGCCUCGCCUUUUGGCUGGUGGUUCCGCCUUGAAGGAUCUGGGCACCCUCGGGAACGCGAGGGGUCGCGCUUCAUGACCGACGUUCGAGCCGGCAUUACGACAUGGGCUGCUAUGGCGUACAUUAUUUCGGUCAAUGCGUCCAUCGUCUCCGACACUGGAGGAACCUGCGUCUGCAGUGACUCCACCGGUGCUACUUGCGGCUCGGACGACGUGUACAUGGCCUGCGUCCAGGACGUCAAGCGCGACCUUAUCACCAGUACCGCUGCCAUGUCCGCGCUCGCCUCCUUCCUCAUGGGAGCGUUGGCCAACCUGCCCGUCGGUAUGGCACCUGGCAUGGGACUGAACGCCUAUUUCACAUACUCAGUCGUCGGCAAAUACGGCAGCGGUUUCAUCAGCUAUCGUGAGGCCCUCGCUGCCGUUUUCUUGGAAGGGUGGAUCUUCUUCAUCCUCUCUCUUCUCGGCCUCCGCCAAUGGCUCGCGCGCAUCAUGCCCCAGUCGCUCGUCCUUGCUGUCGGCUCUGGUAUCGGCCUCUACAUUGCUUUCAUUGGAUUGGCGUCCGGUGGCUUGAACGUGAUUGGUGGCGACACCACUAACCUGCUCGGGCUCGGAGGGUGUAACGAAGACGACUGGAUUAAUGUUGGUGGGACGCCGCUUGCUUACUUCUGCGGUACCCAGGUUAUGCGCAACCCGGCGACUUGGCUGGGUAUCUUUACUGGAGGCAUUCUCACUGUCCUCCUGAUGAUAUACCGCAUCAAGGGUUCGCUGCUUAUUGGUAUCUUCGUCACCUCGAUUAUCUCGUGGCCGCGUAACAGCGCCGUGACGUACUUCCCGCACAACGAGUCUGGCGACGCGUUGUUCGAGUUCUUCAAGCAGGUCGUUACUUGGCGGCCCAUUGAACGGAUUGGGAAUGCGCUCGACUACAACUACGGCAGCGGCAAGCUGUGGUAUGCUCUCAUUACGUUCCUCUACGUCGAUAUCCUCGAUACAACCGGAACGCUGUACUCCAUGGCCAAGUUCGCGGGCCUGCGCGACCCGGUGACGCUCGACUUCGAGAACUCGACGAUCGCGUACUGCGUCGAUGCGUUCUCGAUCAGCAUGGGCGCGCUCGUGGGCACGAGCCCGGUGACCGCGUUCGUGGAGAGCGCGACGGGCAUCGCGGAGGGCGGCAAGACAGGCAUCACUGCGAUGACGACGGGGAUUCUGUUCUUUAUCUCGAUCUUCUUCGCGCCGAUCUUUGCGUCGAUUCCGCCGUGGGCGACUGGGGGGGCGUUGGUUAUUGUUGGGUCGUUGAUGAUUCGCAAUGUGCGCGAUAUCAACUGGGAUUAUGUUGGGGAUGCUGUUCCUGCGUUCUUGACUAUCCUGUUCAUCCCGUUGUCGUACAACAUCGCCUACGGCGUCAUCGUCGGCGUGUUCACGUACGUGAUCAUCAACGGCUUCGUCUUCAUCAUGCGCAAGAUCAGCCGAGACCGCAUCUCGCCGCCCAACUACGACGCCUCGGAGCCCUGGGUCAUUCCCCCUGGCGGCAUCAUUCCUGGUUGGCUCAAAUACCUCAUCAACCGAUCCAAGCCCGCUCAGCUUGAGGACACGGCGUCGGAGUAUCCGUUUGAGAUCCGCCAUCAUGGGCGUAACUUGUCCGUGGACACUGCGGACCAGGAUCAGGGCAUGACGCCUCGGACCGCGUCGUUCACUGAAAAAUGAGCGGCGAGGUUCCCAGUCCAUGCGCAACCCUCGAUUGUUUCCCUCUGCGUCUUCUCCUCGAUCCCUCCCCUGUUCUAUCGGAAUCUAUCGGAAUCUAUGCAAUUUCUAGCUUCAAGAUUGUCUUUAUCCCGUUUCUGUUCUGUGUUUAUCGUUAAGUUCUAUUGACUCACCGUCUCCCGCGACACACUGUUAUGCCAGCUGUUUGUGUUACCUUAUCACCACAUAGGCAUCGUAAUUGAUGUUUUAAGUGUCCAUACUGUCGUACGUGCUCGGAUGCGUUCUCUCUUUCCGUGUUGUUGAUGUUGGAGCCGUGGCCAUCAAUAAGCGGUUUAUAUACUUACAAUUUAUAAGCGUUUUUGAUGCGAACAUUCUUUUCCCCUCCCUGUGUACGAGACCUUGUUUGUACUUCUCUUUCGCUUGUUCCAAUAGAAUACCA